UUUAGACACGUGACUCCUUUCUGGAUACGCCUUCAGACACGUGACCCACUUCUCACAACAACAAAGCCGUCAGCCUGUCACAUCGAGACACAGAGACUUCAGGGGUAUUUGUAUAAUGGCGCAGGCGGGGGUGUUUUUGGAACAUGACCAGUUUAACUGCUCGAUCUGUCUGGAUGUGCUGAAGGAUCCUGUCACGGUUCCGUGCGGUCACAGCUACUGUAAGGCCUGCAUUAAAGGCUACUGGGACCAGGACGAUUAUUUGGGGGUUUAUGGAUGCCCUCAGUGCAGACAGAGCUUCACUCCCAGGCCUGUACUGGGCAGGAACACGAUGUUAGCUGACGUGGUGGAUAAACUGAAAAAGACGGCGAUUAAUUCUUCUUCUCCAGUGAAAUCAGAGCCCACAGAAGCCGAGCCAGGUGACGUGCAGUGCGACGUGUGCACGGAAACCAGAAACCGAGCUGUUAGGUCGUGUCUGGUUUGUUUGGCUUCUUACUGUGAGGAUCAUCUGAAGCCGCACUACGAAUCAGCAGCUUUCCAGAAGCACAAACUAACAGCACCGACCUCGAUCCUGCAGGACAGCUUGUGUCCACGCCAUGACAGGCUGCUGGAGGUGUUUUGUAGGACAGAGCAGCGGUGCAUCUGCUAUCUGUGUUUAACCGACGAGCACAAGGGCCAUGACACGGUGCUGGCUUCCACAGAGAUGAACGAGAAAAAGGAAGCUUUGGCAGAAACACAAAGGAAAUCCCGGCAGAGAAUUGAGGACCGAGAGAAGGAGUUGCAGGAGCUGAGACGAGCCACGCAGUCUCUCACUCUCUCAGCACAGGCAGCUCUGGAUGAGAGCGAGCGGAUCUUCACGGAACUGGUUUGCUCCAUAGAGCGGCGGCGUUCUGAGGUGAAGGAGCUUAUCCGCAUUCAGGAGGUAGCCGCCACGAGCCAUGCCGAGGAGCUUCUCCGCCAGCUGGAGCAGGAGAUUGCCGAGCUGAAGAAACGAGACGCUGAAUUAAACCACCUCGCUCAAACCGACAACCAGAUCUCCUUCCUGCAGAGCUACCGGUCGGUGUGUGUCCAGCCUGUGGGUAUGGACGUUCCCAGCAUUACGGCGGACCCUGGUUUUGGGUGUGUGAUGAGCGCAGUGUCUGAGUUCCAAGCUCUGCUCGAUGAUGUGUGCCAAGGUGGAUUUAUGAAUAUUUCGGAAAAAGUCAGUGAAGUCACCAUUAUACAGAAUACCAAGCCAAAGGCUGAUGCGGAGUCAAAUACAGAUCUUCACACAACUACAGUCUUUCAAGGUUUUGUUGGCCAAAACACCUUUAGUGUUGCCGUGCCAACGUUUAGUGGAUUCACAAUGUCAUCACCGAUCGGCUGCAGACCUUCUAAUCGACUCCGACUUCAUCAGCGGAGAAGACGGCGGUAGCAUCGUUACGGCCGCGCUAAGGCAUCUCUCAGCUUUGGUUAUUUCCGUGUUCUUGACCAAUCUAUUAUAUCUUAAACGUUUAAAGAUCAUUCUUAUUUAAAAAGACAAUUAAUAAAAAAGAAAGAUAACCCUGUAUUAUAUAAAACAUAUUAUAUAUGUCACAGAAGCCAGAUUUAUGAGUGUUUUUAUUUAUUAAAAAAAAAAAGAAAGAAAAAAAAAAGCCAAACGAUGUGAAUAAGCUUUCUGUUUAAAAGUGUGUUGUAAAAUAUUUUUCUGCAGUAGAAACGUGACUGUAUCUGCCGUGAACUGAUUUGAAUGACGUUAUUAACAGGUAUAAUGCAGAAUUAGUCGCUUUGUUUUUGUUUUAAUAAUGACAGGUUAUCUUUAAUGAGCUUGUAGUGAGUGCUUUAAUGUUUGUGAAUUAACUUUUUUUUUUAAAUAUAUCUAGAUAUAAAGUUAAAGUGCCAAAUGCUUAUUUUUCAUAACAUGGAAAAUAAAGUGUUUCUGCAAAAGGC